GGGGUACUUCGCAUGGUCCAGGUAAUCCGUUCCCUCUUUCUACACCCUCUAAAGUCUAAAGUCCCAAAUCCCAAACAGUCAAAUGACUACCCCUUCCCCGGUCAUUUCUUCUGGAAUCACAUGCUCGUCGGAUCUCUGAUUUGAUCUGGAUGGGAAUGCAUGAUGCUGAUUUCAGUCGAAUGGAUCUCUUGGUCUUUUGCGUUGCCGGGAUUUGGUCAGCUCACAUAGCUCAAGGAGUUCUUCAAGUAACUUUGUCCACUAUGCGGUUUGGCCAAAAUGGGAGACGAUUUGAACAUCUUUCAAUUUUAACUUGCGCACAAAGGCUAGUGUGUUUAAUAUGGUCACUUAACUUGCUGCAUUGGUCUAGAAGCAGUAGCUGCGGUGGUGCAAGCUCUUUAGAGUGCUGCAUGGCAACUACAUUUGAAUCAGCUACGGGGCUUGAUGCUUUAAACCACAUCAGUUAUCCUGCUCAUGUCCUAGGAAAAUCUUCUAAAACGAUCCCAGUGAUACUGAUGGGCACUCUGGUUUACAGUAUGAAAUACACUUUCCCUGAGCAUGCAUGUGCGCUUCUUUUUGCUGGUAGGUGCUCUUUUCAAGAUGAGGUGUUUCUUACAUUUAAAUCAGUGUUUAGAACUGUGGCGCACUAGUUUUGUAGACCUAACUUGAAGAGUGUAAGGAACAAGUAUGUUUAAAACAUAUUCCCUGCAGUUUAAAUAUGUUUUCAAUUUGCUUGAUAGUUGAAGAGAUUCUUAUUUUAGUUUUGUUCAUGCUAAUGUCAGACUACUUUAAAGACAGUUAGCAAGCUGGGUCGCCCUAAUACACCCCUUGGUUAUGGCAUAUGCUUCUUGAACUUGACCUUUGAUGGGUUCACACAUGCUACUCAGGAUUCAAUAACAGCAAGGUACGCUGGUUUUGUAGUGAAGGAUCGCUUUCUUGUUGUUAUAUCUGGGAAACUUCUCUCUACCUAUUAUAGAGGACAACAACUGAUUUUAGCAGCUUAGCAGUUUCUUUCUAGCUUCAUUGAGGAUACGACUAUCAAAACUGAUGCGGGGCGGAAAGUUAUAAUUAGAAAGAAUAAAAAGCUUGAAUUUCGGAUUUACCCAACUCUUUGAUUUAAAUUUGGAUUGAUAAAAAGAGUAUAAACAAUCAGUCAAAAUAUUUUCUUCUCUGGAGAUUCUCCUCCUGUAACUUGAAAUUUCUACCCAAUUAUUGCCUUAUUGGAAAUCUACGAGAUCAUGUGAGGAAUCUAUUUGAAUCCCUAGAACUAGAUGUUCUAAUAGAGGGGUAGUUAUACGAUCCCCUGAUUAUACCAAUACUUGUUAUGUAAUCGAUAUUUUGAAAUUGUUUAGGAAAUAGGGCGCAAGUGUAAUUUUUCAUAAAGAUGUGUAAUGAUCCACAAUGCAUCAAAACCCAUUUAAUUAUAUUAAGAUAUUUUUGCA